GUGUGUGUUUCUGUUUGCGCUUAGAUUUCCCUGUCAAACAAAUAAAAAAAAUCAAAAUAUCAGGUCGGGUCAGGAAAUGUUGAGACUUUCUCUGCAGAGAAACACAUUGUUCGGCACAUGCACAUCACUGACAGGCAGAGAGCCACAGAUGUGAAGCCCUCCCUCCCUUCCUUUCCAGCUGCGUUUGUCUUGGUGUGGAGGUGAGUGGUGAUGAACAACAGACUAAGCUACCUGUGCCUCGAAUUUACAGCUAAUUAUCCAAAAGACAAAAGGCAAUUAUAGUUAAUUUGUCUUGCUAACAUCCAUGACUCAUGAGAGAGCUACCAUGUAAUGCUGGCUACACACCACAAGAUAAUCGGGCUGAUUUUGGGCCGAUUUCUCCCCUUCUGACAAUCCUAGGUAAUGUCCCGAUUAUCUUGGUGGUUCUAAAGAUUAUCUUCUCAGAUUUUCCUGUGGUGUGAGGUGUGUUAAGAGUGACUGAAUCUGCUCGGAAGAGCGUCUGAGGCGCCCCGAUCGCGAUUCGUAAAUAUUCAACAUGUUAAAAAAUGUCACUACCUUGAAACGGUGUCUCUACUUUGAUAAUUGAUGAUAAUAGUGCUCUCAGGUGAUUGUCCAGGUUAAGUUCUUCAUGGCUUAAGAAGCAGCGCACGACCAAACGGUGAAAAUAAUCACCGAACACACCGCCAUUUUUAACUUGAAUGUGGGAGACUUCCGGUGUCAUUCGCUUCCGGUUAUUUUACCUCUACAAAAAGAUUCCGUUAUGCUACUUAACAUAGCAAACUGCCAUUUGUUAUAUAGCCUAUACCUUUUUUAAUUUAUAAUCAUCAUCAUAAACACUGUCACACGAUUGAACGUGACUCUAUCGCCCCCUUGAGGACGGAGAUAUGAACACUUUGAAACGACACGAGGAUCCAUGGAAGGUCUAUAAGGAGGAAACACCCAGCACCACUCAACAUUUCGCCGGCCGGAGCGCCCGUCUUUUGGAGUCGCUGCAGUCGAGUCAUCUGAGGUCACUGAUGCAGUCGUUCUUCAGACAGCGUUCAGUGAGAUCCAAACCCAACAGAAGAGUCCGAGUCUCGGCUAACUCCAUGAGUUUUGAGGAUUUCUUCUCCUCUCUGAAAGAAACGACAGGCCAAGACUACCAGAGAAGUGACGUGGAGGAGUUAUUCAAUGAGAUGGACAUCUCUUGUGAUGGUUGGGUAGGAUGGCAAACGUUCCACAACUUCAUACUGCAGCAUUACAAGCAUAUUAAAGACUCGAUGUGGGCCUGUAAAAAUCUGCCCAUCUCACAGCCUUCAAUACACCACUGUACCUACAACAAGCAAGAGCCAAUCGUGCGAGUCUUGGCUUUGAGUCAGUCUCCACCGAUGCGUUACAUCAGCGUCAGCAAGAGAGGGACUCUCAUUGUGUGGAACAGACAUCUGAACAACAUAAAGCCUUUGGAGAUGUGUGCCGGCCCCUUCAAUAAAAGGCAGUAUCGUAAGAGGUUCCAGGGCUGGACCACCGAUGCUGUCUACAUGGGAAAUGUUCACAAGAUUGCUGUGGCGACCCUGAGCAGGGGCAUCCACUUCUUUGACAUUACCACCACAUGCAGUUUUGAGCAGGUUCACUUGUUCGGACUGAGUCAUAUUGCUACUGCUCUGUCUUAUUGGUAUGACAUAGAGGCUCCAGGAGAAAAGUGUGUGUUGAUGUGGGGCGAUGACAGAGGCUCUGUGAAUUUGCUGUGGUUUCUUCAGCCUUUCAAGGGGCUCUUUGAAAUGCCUUUUACCAACCAGACUGGCCCAGUUCAAAUCUUUAUGCCAGUGAGUGUGUGCAUUUUCAUCGCACUGGUCUCCUAUCAGCACAUCCCAAAAAUCCACAGCGAGCCGAUCAACAGAAUCCUGUAUGAGCCGCAUGAUGAGCUCAUUAUUACUUCAUCAGAAAGUCCAGCCAGCUCUGUGGUCAUCAUUGACGUCAGUCAGAAGAGACAGGAAUACAUCUGGAAAAUAGAAAAGGGAGUCAAGUGUUUUGACUUCAGCUUCUCUCUGGGGCUGCUGGUGACUGCUGGAGUGGGUUCUGCUGUCAGACUGUGGAACCGCUAUGUGACCUCCCGCCCAACUGCGGUUCUGCGCAGUCACCAGACCACAGUGGUGGAUGUGGUUAUUCACCAAGCAUUGGGCAAGAUCUUCAGCUACUCCAAGGAUGCUGUUCUGAAAAUAUGGGAUAUUCCUUCUCAACAAUGCUUAAAGACAAUUCUCCUGCAGUUCCCAAAUAUCCAUCUAGGCUUCACUCCAGAGCAUGGCAGCUUUCCUCUGCUCCUCAGCCUGACUCCAGAUCCUAUUCUCCUGGUGACCUGCAGAGAGUAUCUGGCCACGCUUCAUCUGCACAAGAGCGAAUCCAACAGCAGGUCUGGGAUUUACACCUGCGCGCUCUAUAAUCCUCAUCAUCAGCAGGUAAUCACAGCCUGCGCCGACUCCACAUUGACGGUGUGGGAUGUGAAGACAGGCAUUAAGAAGAUGGAAAUAAGGAACGCUCACGGUAAGGAGGAGGUCUCCUGUAUGGCACUAGAUGUACAUCAGCGCAGACUGAUCUCCGCAGCCACCAAUGGCACUAUCAAGGUGUGGAACUUACUGAAUGGUCUCAAUCUUCAUAAACUAGAAACCAUCUCCAAUGCAGAGGUCACCGGGAUCAUCUGUCACCAUGACAACCAGCUUCUAGCCACAGGCUGGAGUCGACUGAUCGCUCAGUAUAGCAUUGCGUUUUCAGAAGACAUCUAUGUAAACGCAGACCUGUCCUGGAAGUCUGGUCGUCAGCACGGCGAGGAUAUCCUGGCCAUGGAUCACUGUCCAGGCCUGGGACUUCUGGCUACUGGGAGUUAUGAUGGAGAGAUCAUUAUAUGGAGCCUGGCUCUGCAGAAACCCAUCACACGACUGCAGACACACCAGCAAGAGAAAGCUCAUCUGCCCGUUCAUAGACUGCUGUUCCUGCAAAGACGAGCCCAGCAAAGUCAUUUGAGAAGCGGCGCUGUGCUGCUUAGCUCACAGAAUGGAUUUGUCUGCUGGUGGAGCGUCUGUGGGCCCAGACACAACCACGGACAGUUCUAUGCGCCUGAUGGAUCUGAUGAGAUUGUGAUGGGUUUAAGCACAGACCAGGAAAAUAGUCUACUCGUCACUGGAGACACAGCCGGAUUCAUUAAGGUCUGGGACAUCUCACAGUACGCCUUAUCCGCUGCAGAUACGGAGUCUGCAGAAGAUCUGCCCUCGCUGUUGCACUCUUGGAGGGGUCAUGAGAGGGCGAUAGUGAGCAGCGAGGUGCUGGCGUACGAGUCGAAACUUUUCGUUCUGAGCGUCUCGGUGGACCACAGGGCCUGUCUCUGGACCUCUCAGGGAUGUUGUGUGGGCUGUUUUGGACAGGAACAGCAGUGGGAUUUGAGCAGCCCAGACACUUAUCAAACCAACAGGGAACAUACCAGUCCAAUCAAAGAAGAGGAGGAGGAGAGGACAGAGGACAGCCAAUCACGUGUCAGCGCUGGGAGUUUCAUCUGCUGGGGUGAAAGUUCAGAGGUCACUGGGACAAGCCUUAGUGCGGGUGAUAGUCAACAAACAGAAUUAGCUCUAGACCUGCAAAGAAGCCGCAUGUCUCUACAGACCCCAGACUCUGACCGCAGCAGCUCUUUGGAAAGGUUCCCACUGCCUAAAUACAGUAAGGUUCUGUCUGGAGAUCAUGCAUUAAGGGAUCUGGAGAUUAAGAUGACUGCGCGGCAACGCAGGCCACGGGAUUCUGGCCGUGAGAAGCUCUGUCGAAUCGGGAACGAGUUCAUGCCGCUACAGUCUCUGGAGCUGCCGGAGAUCAGUGAGCUGAAAGAUGUUCCUUUGAAGCCUUGGAGAUUGAAGAUAGGUCAGAUUUCCUCCGGAGGAGCAGAGGCGAGCUCUCGCAUGCUGUCUUCUGAAGCUCCUCUGCAUUGUGAAACACUGGAGGACUAGACGGCCGUAUGAUGCAGGACACAGAGUUUAUUUUUUUACCGCAGGUCAGUGACUGUACACUGAUUUACACUGUUUUGCACCGAAAUGCACCUCCUCGGUCUUAACAGUUUAAUAGACAUUGCUUUUGUGCCAUCAUUGUUCAGUCACAUCAAUGUUUGUAUGCAAUAUGUAUUAUUUAUUACAUUAAUGAGGAAAAUAAUUUUUUUAAUGUUUUUGAAAUUUGACUGUGUAUGUAUUUUAGCAAUAAAUACUUUUUCUUAAUUAAACAUGAGGUUGUAUAGACA